CGCGCGCACGCGCGCACGCACACGCCCUCUCCGCCUCGCUCUUUGCUGCUGCCACCGCCGCGGAGCUGAGCCCUGCCCAGGGGGCACCCGAGCCGGAGCGGGAGCGCGAGCGGAGCCGAGCCCGGGGAUGCGGCCCCGCGGCGGAGCCGCGCGCGGACUGCGCGCCCGGGACGGCCCCUGUGCCCACAGACUCUGAGUGUCCAGUGCCCGCAGGCAGAGGGGGCAACUGAGUCAAGCCCAGGCUGACACCCCCAGCCCAGUUAUACUCCCCAAACACCUCCCUGGCCUGAGAGUCCAGGCUGUGUGGCUGGUGUCUUCCUACAUGGCCUGAUGUGAAGGGGCUGAAGAUCAGGCCACCUGAGCAGAGGAGAGGGAGCUGGCAUGGAGAGGCCCGGAGCCUUGGCUCUUCCUCUAGGAAGCCCCUGGGGACCAGCUGGAGGUGGCAUCUGCAUCUUCCCCAUUGCCUGGCCCGUCUCUGGCUCUGGGCUUUCUUUGGGCUGGAUUCCACAAGGGCGGAGUUGGCCGGAGUAUUGUGAACACUUGCCAGGCCCUGGCAUAUAGUAGGUGCCCACUGAAGAGCCCCUGAGCCCGCGUGGCCCCGAGAGGGGUCCCACGGCCAUGUCCUGGCUGCCUUGAGUCUGUGGGGAGACCCGCCUCCUGCCUGUAUCUCUAGGGCAGUGGCCCUGUCCAGCCCCGGACCUGCGCCCAAGCCUGCUCCUCACCCCAGCCGGGGCUGAAGGGACCCCUCAAGCUUUGGGACUCAGCGGGGCACAGUAGCAGUCACGGUGAGCGAGAGGAUGCUGGCGGGGGGUGCGAGGAGCGCGCCCAGCUCCCUCCUGGCCUGCUGGCAGCCCAUCCUCCUGCUGGUACUGGGCUCCGUGCUGUCGGGCUCAGCCACUGGCUGCCCGCCCCGCUGCGAGUGCUCCGCCCAGGACCGGGCCGUGCUCUGCCACCGCAAGCGCUUCGUGGCGGUGCCCGAGGGCAUCCCCACCGAGACGCGCCUGCUGGACCUGGGCAAGAACCGCAUUAAAACGCUCAACCAGGACGAGUUUGCCGGCUUCCCGCACCUGGAGGAGCUGGAGCUCAACGAGAACAUCGUGAGCGCCGUGGAGCCCGGCGCCUUCAACAACCUCUUCAACCUCCGGACGCUGGGGCUGCGCAGCAAUCGCCUGAAGCUCAUCCCCCUGGGCGUCUUCACCGGCCUCAGUAACCUGACCAAGCUGGACAUCAGUGAGAACAAGAUCGUCAUCCUGCUGGACUACAUGUUCCAGGACCUGUACAACCUCAAGUCCCUGGAGGUCGGUGACAAUGACCUCGUCUACAUCUCGCACCGCGCCUUCAGUGGCCUCAACAGCCUGGAGCAGCUGACCCUGGAGAAAUGCAACCUGACCUCCAUACCCACCGAGGCGCUGUCCCACCUGCACAGCCUCAUAGUGCUAAGGCUCCGGCACCUCAACAUCAACGCCAUCCGGGACUACUCCUUCAAGAGGUUGUACCGGCUCAAGGUCCUGGACAUCUCCCACUGGCCCUACCUGGACGUCAUGACGCCCAACUGCCUCUACGGCCUCAACCUGACGUCCCUGUCCAUCACGCACUGCAAUCUGACCACUGUGCCCUACCUUGCCGUGCGCCACCUGGUCUAUCUCCGCUUCCUCAACCUCUCCUACAACCCCAUCAGCACCAUCGAGGGCUCCAUGUUGCAUGAGCUGCUGCGCCUGCAGGAGAUCCAGCUGGUGGGCGGGCAGCUGGCCGUGGUGGAGCCCUACGCCUUCCGGGGCCUCCACUACCUGCGCGUGCUCAACGUCUCCGGCAACCAGCUGACCACCCUGGAGGAGUCCGCAUUCCACUCGGUGGGCAACCUGGAGACCCUCAUCCUGGACUCCAACCCGCUGGCCUGUGACUGCCGGCUCCUGUGGGUGUUCCGGCGCCGCUGGCGGCUCAACUUCAACCGGCAGCAGCCCACGUGUGCCACGCCCGAGUUUGUCCAGGGCAAGGAGUUCAAGGACUUCCCCGACGUGCUUCUGCCCAACUACUUCACCUGCCGCCGAGCUCGCAUCCGGGACCGCAAGGCCCAGCAGGUGUUUGUGGAUGAGGGCCACACGGUGCAGUUUGUGUGCCGGGCAGAUGGCGACCCGCCCCCUGCCAUCCUCUGGCUCUCGCCCCGCAAGCACCUGGUUUCAGCCAAGAGCAACGGGCGGCUCACAGUCUUCCCUGACGGCACGCUGGAGGUGCGCUACGCCCAGGUACAGGACAACGGCACGUACCUGUGCGUCGCGGCCAACGCGGGUGGCAAUGACUCCAUGCCUGCCCACUUGCACGUGCGCAGCUACUCGCCCGACUGGCCCCAUCAGCCCAACAAGACCUUCGCCUUCAUCUCCAACCAGCCAGGUGAGGGGGAGGCCAACAGCACCCGCGCCACCGUGCCUUUCCCCUUCGACAUCAAGACCCUCAUCAUUGCCACCACCAUGGGCUUCAUCUCUUUCCUGGGCGUUGUUCUCUUCUGCCUGGUGCUGCUGUUUCUCUGGAGCCGGGGCAAGGGCAACACAAAGCACAACAUCGAGAUUGAGUACGUGCCCCGAAAGUCAGACGCAGGCAUCAGCUCUGCCGAUGCGCCCCGCAAGUUCAACAUGAAGAUGAUAUGAGGACGGGGCCGGGGAGCAGGGCCCCCAGGGUGCUGGGCAGGGCAAGGGGCCUGGCUGCCGUCCUCGUGCUCCCCGGUCCUUCGCACCUUCUCCCUGCCCCUCCACACGCACUCUUUCUCCCUCCCACUCCUGUGCCCGGCUGGUCCUCACCCCCUGCCCUCUGUCUCCCGGGACCUCAGGAAUCCAGGCCUGGGGACUCCGGCUGCCCAGGGCACCCACUGACGGACCGGAGUCGGCAGCUGACGAACCGACACGCAGCACAGUCAAUAAUACAAUAAAAAAAGUUACGAACUUCCUCUGUAACUUGGGUUUCAGUAAUUAUGGAUUUUUAUGAAAACUUGAAAUAAUAAAAAGAGAAAAAAAACUAUUUCCUAUAGCUAGUCGGAAUGCAAACUUUUGAUGUCCUGAUUGCUCCAGGGCUCUCUUCCCACUCGGUUUCUUGUUUUUCUCUCCCUCCUCCUCCUCUUCCUCCUUUCUUUUCUCUUCCCCUGUGGGGAGGGACCACUCAGGAAAACAGGAAAGGAGAUUCCAGCCCCACCCGCUCACCCACCCUGCCAGGGCAGCCCAGGUGAGCAGGGGGGCGGCCGGGGCGGCCCCGCUCUGGGCUGGCAGUUUGCAGGGAGCAGGUGGAGGGGACGAGGCUGCCCAGUGGGAGCGGGGGGCUGUCUGCCGAGUUGCCAGGAGGUACUGGGGAGGCCUGGCUCGGGGGUGGCCAAGGCUCUGGACGGGCUGGGGCCCUCCUGGAAAACAGCACGGUCCGCGGAGAGAGCCAGGGGCUGGAGGUGGGACUGAGGCCUAACGUCUGGUCCCAGCUCUGCUGCUGACUUGCUGGGUGGCUUCAAACAGGUCAUUGACCCUCUCUGGGCCUCAGUCGCUACAUAUGUACAAAUGGAAACAUUACUCCCUGCCGUGCCUACCUCACAGGGCUGUUGUGAGGAACUGAUGAGAUGAUGUAUGUGAAACACUUUGUAACCUGUAAAGCCUGUGCACACGUG